UGUCGCGCAAGAGCUCUCCGGUUUUGGCAACGGUCCAGGAGGAGCAACCUUGGUUGUCCUAAAGAUGCAGAGUCAGAAGGUUCAGAAAUGAUAUUCAGGUAUAAAAGCACCGAGCGUCCGUCGGCUGGGCGCAAGCUUCUCUGGUCUCCGUGAUCAUCGCCUCGGCGUCGCAAUCACCUUUAAGAGUGCCGCCAUGAACGCAGUUUUCACCACCGUUCUCCUCGGCUUGGUCUCUGCCGCCUCCACCGGCUUCAUCGGCGGUUACGGUGGUGGCUACGGCGCAGGAAUCGGCGCCGGCUACGGCGCUGGCUACGGCGCUGGCUACGGGUCCGGUUAUGGCGCAGGCUCAGGCUCCGGCUACGGUGCCGGUUUCGGCGCAGGCUCCGGCGCAGGCUCCGGCGCUGGCUAUGGCUCUGCCGUCGCCGGUAUAGCCGUCGCUGCCGCUCCUGCCGCGGUAGUGAGACCUGCCGCCGUUGCAGCAGUACCAGCUCGCAGCACAACCUCUUAUGGCACCACCACUACCACCGUGACCACCUUGCAUGGAGCGGGAGCUGGUGGUCUCGGUGGCGCUGGUCUCGGUUACGGUGCCGGCAGCAGCCUCGGCUAUGGAGCUGGUGUCGGCUUCGGAGGAGCUGCUCUUGGUUCCGGUGCCGGCUAUGGCGUCGGCGUCGCCGCCGUUCCGGCCGUUAGCGUAGCUCGCCCUGCUGUCGCUGUGGCUGCUUCCCCCGCUGUCGCUGUGGCUGCUUCUCCAGCCGUUGCUGUAGCUCGUCCCGUUGCUGUCGCCGCACCUGCUGUGUCUGUGGCUCGCCCCAUCGCUGUCGCCGCACCGGCUCUGGCUGUGGCUCGCCCCGUGGCUCUGGCUCGUCCCGUCGCCAUUGCUACUCCAGCUGUGGCCACCGUUGCCGUGGCUCCGGCCGUAGCUGUCGGGGGUGGUCUUGGUGGUGGUUACGGAGGUGUCGGAGCUCUCGCUGGUGGAUACGGUGUCGGCUACGGUAACGGAUAUGGUGCGGGUUAUGGUCGUGGCUAUAGCGCCAACUACGGUGCUGGCUAUGGUCAUGGCUACGGUACUGGCGUCGCCAAGCUCGGCGUUACUUACGGCCACGGAGCCAAGUGGUAAACACAUACGGAACGUUUUUUACAUCUUAGACCAUCACCAAAUCUGGAUUCACGCUGACUGAAGUGGCCAUUUCUAAUUUAUUUUUGUGUGCGUCAUCAGGAAUGUGUUAACGUCUGAAUAUUACCAUAAGGCUCACAUCUUGUGACAUGGGCACGUCCAAAUAUGGCACCAUUAUAAAAAAAAAUGCUUUCCUAAGAACACGCGUUUACUUGGCUGUGAGCGUUGUUAAUAAAUAAAGAAAAGUAGUUAUUACGCAUCAUUGCUUGCUUAUAUAUUGGCAUACUCUGCUGGUUACGGCAAGUAAGUAGCCAUGGCCAGAAAUGGCGAGUGUCCUUGUUUUGUUAAGACGGAGAGUUUUGAGCGUUCUCUGACAACCUUAGCCUGGUAUAUCAAGGUACAGCGCGAUGCUGUGUUUGCGAUUAUUUACUGAGCAUGAUGGAAAAUUAGAAUCGUAAGAAGAUGAGCCAUGAAGAAAAUUAUACGAAAGAGAAGGUUACUCUGAACAGAGUUUACUGAAGGAUGAGGGCUGCUUCUCUGUUAUGUGUGAAGACACACGGAUAAAGACCAGCUGGGGUCGCUAGUAGAAAUAAAGACGAGAGUAAUUUAUUUCAGCGAAGUUUAUUUCAGCGCGGUUGCAUUUGAGGCUUUUACCGUAGACCACGUUUUUCUUUUAAUGUUUUCCAUUUUAGCGGUUUUGCAAUCUGUAUAUUUGUUUCCCUUUAAGCUUUGUCUCGCUUCACCUGUGCUGCGGCUCAUCGAAUUUUAUAUGAAACCAUAUCUAGAACAUUUAUCUGUGCCGGUUAUUGAUAGUACGUUGUGUCAGGCUUUGCAUGUUUGGGUUUGUCUCACGUGGUUUUUUUCAUAGAGAAACAUGUUUUGAGCUUACCUUUUUUGAAAAAUAUCCUUAUAUCUUGUCAGAAGUGAGAGGACGGCGCUUAUGAAAGGCUGUGUUCACGAAUAAAAUUUCGGUUGGCAGUUCA